CAGCCAGCCAGUCUGGACAGUAGACCAUCAGCUAUUGAUGUAAGAGUAAUCAUCUCAUCCCAAAACCUUUUCAAAGUGGACACGAUUCAUUAGCCCCAUUCUAUAUCACUAAUAAUUCUAAAAGCUUGUAUAUUUUUUUCUGGAGUUGUUCAGAUUUUUUUUUCGAAAUGUCAAUUGAGUCCGGCAUGAUCCGUUGGAAGAAUAGAGUGGCAUUGGUUACCGGAGCGAGCGUUGGGAUAGGGGAAGCAAUUUGCACCAGUCUCGUCAGCCAUGGAAUGACCGUGAUUGGUUGUGCUAGAAGCAAAGACAAAAUUGACAUGCUGAGCAAUGAUCUGAGCAAGAAGGGUUUGUCCGGUAGACUAAUAGCGUACAAAUGUGAUGUUUCGAAUGACAAAAAUAUUGACGACAUGUUCGAGUGGAUUGCCAAAAAUCAUGGGGGUGUCGACGUUAUGGUUAAUAAUGCUGGAUUCUCUUGCAAGGAUACUUUACUCGAAAUCACGGGCGAUAAAAUGCGAGAUAUGCUGAAUGUGAACGUUGUUGGGCUAGUUUUAUGCACCAGUAAGGCUGUCAAGUCCAUGCUGACUCGUGGCGUCGAUGAUGGUCAUAUUUUCAACCUCAACAGCAUGUCUGGGCAUCGCCUUACAGGGAUUUUGAAUUUUUACGCUGCCACAAAAUUUGCAGUGACAGCUCUAACCGAAGGAUUUCGUCGAGAGUUGGUGGAAAACUCUAAAAUUCGGAUAACAGCCAUUAGUCCAGGUCUCGUCGAAACUGAAUUUUUGGCUCGGGCAUUUGAGGAUAAGGAUAUGGCACAGUCCGUAUUUGCGAGGUGCGAAAGCGUCAUCAAACCUCAAGAUAUUGCAGAUAUUUUGCUUUUCUCCUUGUCUUCACCACCAAAUAUACAGAUUCAUGAUGUGUUGGUGCGUCCUUGUGGAGAGAAAAUUUAAACUCCCGACAGCAAUCAGAACUGAGAAAUAAAAAUAAAACAUCAAUCUUUAAUUAAUUUAUCUUAAUUAAUUUAGUUCAUUAAUACUUAAUUAAUUAAUAACGGUUUGUUAAAAUCGCAUGAAAAAAAAUACAAGAAAAGUGAAAUUGAGACAGUCACUUGGAAAUGGAGGGUUGUGAAA